AUGGGCCUGAGAGGCCAGCCGCUCUCUCAUAUCAUCGGUGUCGUGGCGGCGACGUUCUUCUUCCUCUAUGGCUACGAUCAGGGCGACAUGGGAGGGUUCCUCACAGUGCAAAACUUCUUGCAUCGGUUCACGCAAGUGGGUGUAGUCAAUUUUCCGGAUUCUUUGAAAGUCGCCCAAAUGACUGCCAUCACCGUUGGCAUCUGGAACUUGGGAUGUCUGUGUUCGGCCGUGAUGACCAUCUUCACGUCUGAUAGGUUUGGCCGCAAGUCACUCAUGUUCGUCGGACUGGUGUUGCUCCUCAUUGGUCAGAUCAUCCAGGCCACUUCAUUCGCUUGGGGCCAGUUCCUUGCUGGAAGAUUUAUCGCUGGGUUGGGCAAUGGCUUCAACUGUGCCACUGUUCCGGCAUGGCAGGCAGAGUGCACCAAAGCCCACCGUCGUGGUACCCUUCUCAUGCUCUCAGCUGGUGCUGCAAUUGCAGCAGGCAUGGCUUUCAGCUACUGGAUGGACUUCGCCUUCGCCUUCAUCGACAACUCUGCAUCGUGGCGAGUGCCCAUCGCCCUGCAGAUCAUCUUCAUCUUCGGCAUCUUCCCAGUCCUGGCCUUCAUGCCCGAGUCUCCACGAUGGCUCAUCCUGCAAGGCCGAGAGGACGAGGCUCUCAACAUUCUUUCAGCUUUGAACGACAUGCCCCCUGACGCUCAUGAGAUCCGCCAGGAGUUCCUCCAGAUCAAGGACGCUGUCAUCGAGAUGGCUCAGGCUAGCUUCAGGAAUGUCUUCAAGAUGGGCGACUACCGCGACUUCCAUCGUGUGCUCCUGGCCGUCGGUCUCCAAUUCAUGCAGCAGAUUGGUGGCAUCAACUUCAUGACCCAGUACUACGCCAACAUGUUCCAGCUUCAGUACAAGUGGGGUGCAUGGGAGGCACGAUUGCUCUCUGCCGGUGCCGGAACGGAGUUCUUCCUCAUGUCUUUCGUUGCUGUGUGGGCCAUCGACCGCAUUGCUGGCCGUCGAAGUCUACUAAUGUUUGGCUCCGCCGGUAUGACAAUCAGUAUGGUCAUCCUGACCAUCAUGCUGGAGAUCAACAAUAGGGCAUCUCUGGACGCUGGAACGGCUUUCAUCUUCAUUUUCUGUACCUUCUACGCCAUUGGAUGGCAGGGAAUGUCGUGGUUGUACCAAGUCGAGAUCGUUCCUCUACGGAUUCGAGGCCCUGCCAAUGCCUUGUCGACCGCAUCUAACUGGACCGCCAAUUUCAUUUGCGUUAUCAUUGCCGCGCCUGGAUUCAAGACGAUCAAGUGGAAGCUCUACAUUGUCUUUGCAUGCACCAACGUUGUCAUCCUCCCACUCAUUUACUUCUUCUACCCCGAGACCUCCCUCCGUUGCUUGGAAGAAGUCGACUACAUCUUCCAUACAGCCAACUCCUCCCCACACCCCUGGCUCGACGUGCGCAAGAUCGCCGCCGACAUCCCACUCUGGUACGGUCGCGACAUGGAAGAGGCGUACGACUACGAGGCCAGCGACUGGCAUCAGCGACACGUGCGCUUCUCGGACGAGGUCAAGGACUCCGAGGGCGAGACCACUACGCUCAGAGCCACCAGUGACGGUGGAUAUAUGGAGAAGCUGGCAAGUUCUAGCAGCGGAAGCGGAGAAGAUGACAAGCCGAGGGAAAAUGGUGAUCUGGCAGCGCCGAGUCCUAUUGUUGGUGCAAAUCAAAUCAUAUCAAAUCAAACCAGAUCAAAUCAAGGACAUUUUGGUCAGAGCUUACAGCAGCAUCUUCUUGCCUUCGCCAUAACAUUUGAUUAG